AUCAUAAUUGUGAUUAUAGAUCAACAAACUAACUGACUAUUGGAUAUCAAUUAGUGAGCAAUAUACCGAAAAUGAUAGAUUCACUUUUCACUAACUGUAUUAUUAAACGAAAAACUAACACAAGAAAAAAAUAAUCCUAAAUAAAACCUUUUCUUUUUAAACGUUUUACUAAACUAAAUGUUAUGUAAAUUGCUCAAUUACUAUUGUCUAUUGAUCUAAGUAAUCGACAUUAAGGAUAGGAUAUUCAAAUAAGACAGAAUAGAUUAUUUUAAGCUUUUCUUUUAGCUUUGCAGAUCGCUUAUUGCUCGGCAGAGCUGUCUCUGUGCAAACACCUGUCUUCUAUGAUGUAAUGACUGGGCUCGAGUCGCGCGUUUCACUUGAAUGCAAUGCCUUUAGAAACGCCACGGAUUCCAGUCACACGUGUAAUAAAUAUAAGCUCUCACAAUAUGUCUGGAUAAAUAUAGGCUAUUAAAUAGGACGAUACAAUUCAAAGUUAUUUAUACUUUGUGGACAUUUGGGAUCGAUUUGUGAAGCUCUUGAGUCUUAUAAGCGAUUUCAUAAAUAAUUCUAUCGCUUUGUUUUCGUUUUCUUCAUUUGUGGAACACGUUUUUUUUUUUUGUUUUUUUUUUUACAGCAGUUUCCACAGGACUUUAGCAUUAUUAAACUUUCUUUCAAAUUUUAACACAUCGUAGAGAACCGAUCUAAGAAUUUUUGUGGCGAUAAAAAGAGCGACUGUUGUCGACUAUAUUCUGCGCUUCACUAUCCCUUUGGGCUUGUGAAGAUUCUGUCAUCCCUAUAAAGACACAAAGCGCACCUGCAGCAACAUCACUGGAUUUGAUUGUAUACGCAGCUUUUAAACUGCACAAUUCCAGAGCUGUCAGCAUUAAACAGGAACCAUUUAUUUUUACAUAUUUCCCAGCGUUUGAAGGUGGACCGUUCACGACAUUAUUUUUGUGCAUAUCCACACCAUUUAAAACACGUUUGAUUAAACUGGAGCGGUGAUGUUUGACUGGACCAGCCGCAGCGUCACUGUUUGAAGACUGAAAAGAAGAAAAUUGAACAUUGUUUAAAUAAACAUAAACAGACGUCACUCGUUGGUUUGUUAUUAAACCUGGGAUUUUUUUUUUGAUUUUUUUUACUUGUAUCACCUUUCGAAAAACCAUUUCCUAUACUGUAAUAACUUAUGAAAAAUAAUAAAAAAAAACAAAAAAAACUGGAGUGAAAAUACAUUUUUGAACUUCAAAGUUUGGAAAGAAAAUUGCCAACGGAAAAGAAAACAAACUUUGUAUUCUGCUGCUGGUGUUGCUUCUUUUCAAGGGGUGAGACCUUGUUUGUGUUUUUAUUCUUUAAUCGCCGCAGAGCCCGUGACCCGCUGCUGAGCUAUGCGGGCAGGAAGCCGCGUGCUGUGAAACUCCUUUCAGCAGUGUCCCAAUGCGCGCCUCCAGCGUCGCGAGCACCAUUCUCAGCGUUCUGUUUGCGUUGCUCCUGGUGACGCCUGAUGCGCAAGCAACAUUGUGGCUGUCUCUAGCGCGGCAGCCACUGUCCCGUGGCUCCUGCUCUGAGCUUGAGGGUCUGUCGGGAGGGCAGGUUGUGCUGUGCCAGCGGCAGUGGGGCGCGAUGGAGUCAGUGCGUCGGGGGGCGGAGCUCUCCAUCGAGGAGUGUCAGCACCAAUUCAGAGCGCGCCGCUGGAACUGCUCCACGGGGUCAGGGGUCAACGUGUUCGGGAAGGUCGUGUUGCAAGGUACCCGUGAGGCUGCCUUCAUCCACGCUCUCUCAGCAGCGGCGGUGGCAUUCGCGGUGACUCGGGCGUGCAGCCGCGGGGAGCUGGAGAAGUGUGGCUGCGACCGCAAGGUCAGGGGGGUCAGCCCUGAAGGUUUCCAGUGGUCAGGCUGCUCUGAUAAUCUCUCGUUUGGGGUCGCGUUCUCUCAGUCCUUCGUGGACGAUCCUGAGAGGAGUCGGGGCCUGUCCUCAAGCCGGGCACUCAUGAACCUGCACAACAAUGAGGCAGGGCGGAAGGCGAUCGUGCACAGCAUGCGCGUGGAGUGUAAGUGUCACGGUGUGUCGGGGUCCUGCGAGGUGCGCACGUGCUGGAAGGUGAUGCCGCCGCUCCGCAGGGUGGGGAACGUGCUGAAGGAGAAGUUCGACGGGGCGACAGAGGUGCAGUUGCGCAAGGUGGGAUCCCGCAAGGUGCUGCUGCCCCGGGACCCUCACUUCAAGCCACACUCACCCCAGGACCUGGUCUACCUGUCCCCCAGCCCAGACUUCUGUCAACUGGACCCACGAGGGGGGAUCCCCGGCACGGAGGGGCGACAGUGCAAUGCCACAUCGCGGCUGGCUGUGGACGGCUGUGAGCUUAUGUGCUGUGGGCGUGGUUUCCACACGGCACGUGCCGAGGUCGUGGAGCGCUGCAGCUGCAAGUUCCGCUGGUGCUGCUCGGUGCAGUGCAAGCAGUGCCGCAACGUGCUGCAGGUGCACACCUGCCGCUAA